UAAAGUUGGCAAAAACCUGUAAAAGUUUAGUAACCCAAUUAAAAUGGAAAAAAUUGACCUAGUAAUGUAAACGACGCCAAGAUAAGUGCCACGACCACCUGGGUAAACGAUUUUUGCCAAUCUUUUAUUACAUUCUUAAAAUCCAUUACAUUUCCCACCAUUUCGGAUGUGACAACAUCAAUUACCUAAGAUCUAUUGGUGCAUAAGAUUACAACAAUAAUUGAGUGUUUAAUAAUUUUUAGUGGUGUUUUACAUGGUCCGCAAGUGAGACACUAAUGACCGGUGCAUAUUCAUUUAAAAAAGUGAAUUUGUAUUUUGUUACAUACCUAAUUUUUUUCUGCAUUAGAAAGGCGUGUGCAGUUGUGCGUGGUUUGCGACUCAACAUUCUGGAUAGCUUUCUAUAAAGCGGCCGCAAGACGUAAUAUUUAGCAGUUAAUGUUAAUAUGGAUGAUAGUGCUUCCGAUGAGUUCAAGAAUAAACCAGAGCAUCCUAGGUCGAAAGCCAAUUUUUUAUCCAACCUAUUUUUCUGUUGGGGCCUCCCAAUAUUUUACAAGGGCUGGAUAAAAGAUUACAACGAAGACGAUUUAUGCAAGCCACUGAGAGAGCACGAGUCGCAUAAACUUGGAGACAAAUUGGAAGAGGAAUGGAAACUGGAACGAUUGAAUCAUACAGAGCCGUUGCUCUUAAGAGCCCUGUGGAGGAUGUUUCGGAAGGACAUUCUGCUGUAUGGACUCAUUUUGUUCGUCCAGGAAUUCGUUUUAGGAUUAUCUCAACCUCUGGCCUUGGGCAAACUGAUGAAUUACUACUCGCCAAGUCACACCACAGUCACGUUGCAAGAAGCGUACUUUUACGCAGGAAUUUUAAUAUUUACUUCCUUUCUUUCCGUUGUUGUUGCACACAGCUACAUGCUGGCGUGCCAUCAUCUGGGCAUGAAAAUGCGGAUCGCUUGUUGCUCACUUAUAUACAGAAAAACUCUGAAACUGAGCAAAACUGCGCUAGUUGAAACAACCAUUGGCCAGAUGAUCAACUUACUAUCGAACGAUGUGGCCAGAUUCGAUAACUGCAUAAGAUAUUUACACUAUCUUUGGAUCGCACCGCUGGAAACAGUCCUCAUCAUGUACCUGCUCUAUUACAAUGUUGGGUUCACUUCGUUGUCUGGAUUUCUGCUCAUCGUCGUAUUUAUGCCUCUACAGAUGAUCUUGGGCAAAUUGGCUUCAAAGUUCCGUCUAAGAACUGCAGUCAAAACCGAUGAACGAGUGAGGAACAUGAGCGAAAUCAUCUCCGGAGUUCAAGUGAUCAAAAUGUACAACUGGGAAAAAUACUUCACAGGCCUCAUAGGCAUUAUUAGAAAUUUAGAAAUCAGGCAAAUCCGGCUAGCGUCCUACAUCCGAGCGCUGCACGUUUCAUUCAGCAAGUUCAUCACCAGAACCUCGAUUUUCCUCUGCAUCCUGGCCUACACCCUGACUGGUAACCGACCAAACGCAGAAUUCGUCUACGUCGUUCAGUCCUUCUACAACAUCAUCAAAACCGCGAUGACCAACAACUUUCCUCAAGCCGUCUCAGAUGUGGCGGAAACUCUGGUCUCGAUCAAGCGAAUUGAAAUGUUUCUGAUGUUCCACGAGGUGAAAACCCCUCAAGUCAAGUACUCGCAGAAGAAAAUCAUCCACUCAACUCCUCUCCUAAAUGCCGCCAGCAAAAAGUCUUCUGGUAUUUACCUUUAUGAUGUGUCGGCCAAAUGGAACAGUUUUAUGCAGGAAAAUACCUUGGCAGGCAUUAAUUUCAAUGUGGGGCCUAAACAGUUGGUUGCAGUGGUCGGAUCAGUUGGUUCUGGAAAGACUUCACUCCUACAUGUGGUGAUGAAGGAACUGGCCAUGACCAAAGGAAUUCGGGAUAUUGUAGGGAAUAUUUCCUACGCCUCCCAAGAACCGUGGCUGUUUGCCGGCACCAUUAGGCAGAAUAUUCUCUUUGGGGAGACCUACGUUCGAAAUCGCUAUGAUCAAGUAAUAAGAGUAUGCGCUUUGGAGAGAGAUUUGGACAUUUUACCUUAUGGAGACAAGAGCAUGAUUGGCGACCGGGGCGUUACUCUAAGUGGAGGCCAAAGGGCCCGAAUCAACCUGGCUCGAGCAGUAUACAAAGAGGCAGACAUCUACUUAUUAGACGAUCCUCUAUCGGCAGUAGACACGCAUGUGGGAAAGAAGCUGUUUGAUGAAUGCAUAUCAGGAUUCCUAAAAAAUAAAUGCACCGUACUAGUAACCCAUCAGUUGCAAUAUCUGAAGCACGUAUCCCGAAUCUAUGUGAUGGAAAAUGGAAGGAUUGCAGCUAAUGGAAAUUACCAGGAGAUCCAAAACAGCGAUGGUGAAUACGCUAAAAUGUUCAAAGCGCAGCUGGAAGAAGAAGAUGAAGCUAGCACUGAAGGCGUGUCUAAACCUCAUUAUCAUUGUGAGCCGGUCGAAGAGGAACCAACGGAAAUCAAAGAGUCCAGAGCAACUGGUUCCAUAGCAGGAAAAGUGUACAAGGCAUAUUUCAAAGCUGCUGGCGGCUGGUUUUCAGCCGCUUUGGUCCUAAUUUUAUUCGUCGUUACGCAAAUGGCUUCCAGCGCUGCUGACUACUUCAUCAAGUUCUGGGUUAAUUUGGAACAAACCCGUUUCGAACAGAAGACCAAAAACGAGAGUCUCUACAAAUCGUUCGCUGAUGAGGUCUUUCUGGAAGAAAACUACAACAAGGUGAUUACGAUCGGGAUCAAGGAAGUGGAGAAAACGUCGCUGGAUGCCUUCUUCAACACGAACGUGUGCUUCUACAUUUACACAUCGAUAAUUGUCUCAGUCAUAGUGGUAACGAUUGUGCGAUCCAUCACUUUUUACCAGUUCUGCAUGUUGGCUUCAGUGAGGAUGCACAACAGCAUGUUUGAAAGAAUUACUAAUGCUACGAUGAGAUUUUUCAACACCAACUGCUCAGGACGAGUUCUGAACCGGUUUUCCAAAGAUAUGGGGGCCAUCGAUGAAAAACUUCCCUAUGUUCUGAUCGACACAAUACAGAUAGCCCUUAACGUGUUAGCAGUAAAUGUUGUGAUUGCCACUGUCGAUCCCUGGAUCCUGAUUCCCACUUUCGUGAUCGCCUCCAUGUUCUAUGUGUACAGGAUUGUGUUCCUCAAAACCAGCAGGAACAUCAAGCGAAUGGAGGCCACAACUCGCAGUCCAGUUUUCUCCCACAUCAACGCCUCACUGCAAGGCCUGACCACCAUCAGAGCUUUCGGGGCGCAGGAAAUCCUGCGGAAGGAGUUCGACAACUACCAAGAUAUCCACAGUUCAGCCUUUUACAUGUUCCUGUGCUGUAAUCAAACUUUUGGGUUCUGGCUGGACUUUCACUGCAUUAUCUACGCCGCUUUGGUCACAUUGAGCUUCUUCUUCAUAGGAAAUGAAACUUAUGGAGGAAAUGUGGGUCUAGCGAUCACACAAGCAAUGAGCUUAACGGGGAUGUUUCAAUGGGGCAUGAGGCAGUGGAGCGAAUUGGAAAAUCACAUGACAUCAGUGGAACGAGUGGUGGAAUACACUGAUAUUGAGCAAGAAGCCAUUGGCAACGAGAUGGCUCCAUUGAAAACAUGGCCCGAACAUGGUCAGUUGGAGUUCAAGUCGGUUUAUUUGAGAUAUGCCACCAACGAACCAUACGUUCUCAACAACUUGUCCUUCAGAAUUAAGCCUAAAGAAAAGGUGGGCAUUGUGGGCAGAACAGGCGCUGGAAAAUCCUCCAUUAUGACUGCAUUGUUUCGCCUCGCCGAUGUUGAGGGCAAAAUCAUCAUUGAUGGAAUCUGCACUAAGGAUAUUCCAUUGAAAACUAUGAGGUCGAAGAUAUCGAUUAUUCCGCAGGAGCCGAUAAUUUUUGCUGGUACACUUCGCUCCAACCUGGAUCCAUUUGGCAAAUACGAGGAUGAAGUGAUCUGGAAUGCCCUGGAAGAAGUGGAGUUGAAAGAAGUGGUUUCUGAACUCAAAGGAGGUUUGGAAAGUAAAGUUUCGGAAGGGGGCUCGAACUUUAGCUUGGGACAAAGGCAGUUGAUUUGCCUGGCUAGAGCUAUAGUACGCAACAACAAAAUCCUGGUUUUGGAUGAAGCCACUGCCAAUGUGGAUCCAAAAACUGAUGCUCUCAUCCAGUCGACCAUCCGCAGAAAGUUUGCCGAUUGCACUGUGUUAACAAUAGCUCACAGAUUGAUCACAAUUAUGGAUUCUGAUAAGGUGUUGGUCAUGGAUGGAGGAGAAGCAAUUGAGUUCGAUUAUCCUCAUAUAUUAUUACAGAAUCCACAUGGAGUGUUUUAUGGCCUAGUAAAAGAAGCUGGCAAGGCCGGAGCAGAACAACUGGCAAAAAUCGCAAGACAGACCUUUUGCAAGCAUCAUCCAUCUGGAUCUUCAGAAGCAGCUGCUACCAGCCCCACAUUAAACUGGCCGGCUAAACAAAGUCGACUUGGUUUCAAUAGGUUUUGCCGAAAACAGCAGUCCAAAAAACCAAACAAAUUUUAAUUCAUUUAGAAAUCACAAACAGAUUUUGUGCACUUCACUUCAAAUACAAAGUGAUGAAUGGAAUUAAUUGCAGCUUCGAAAAUUGAAAACCAUCCGAGUGAAAAGCUGGCUUUAAAAUACAAUAUCAAAAUAACCAAAUUCCCGUCAACAACUGAGGCGAAUCUAAUUGAAUAUUUCAUAUUAAACAUGUUUCGAAAAUUGCUUCAACUCGCAUUUUCAGCGUUUUUAAGCAAAAGAAGUGUCGAUCUUUAAACGAGUUCAAGCAGGGGCGCCUCUAAACAAAUACCUAAUGAAAAAAAUUGAGCGGCAAACUGGAAGUGUUCCCAAAUUACAUUAAUUUUGGCUCUUAUUAGGCCGAUUUCAUUAAAGAAUGGU